GGGGGGCAAGGAGGGACUGAGAGAGAACAAAAAACGUGACUAGGCACCAAAGUGUUCUGUUAUGCAACUACUGACCUACUAACAUACAUAUUGAGACAGAAGGAGAGAGAGGGUGAAACUGGAGCAAAUCGCCAACAUAACAUGAGGAUUCAAAGAGAGAAGGGAGACACGGAAUGCACGCGCUGAAACUGAGCACCAUUUAGCGCUAGUGAGCGGCGAACGACCUUAGCCUACAUUUCAGUCCAAACUUAGAAGGCAGAAAGUAAGAAGACUGAAUAAACGAGAACUACAGCCCCCGAAUAGGAGUGUGCCGCUGAACACUGUGGAUUUUUAGUACGCGCCAGAACGUCUGUUAAUCGUGAGUCACAGGACAGGAAUUGGAACUCUGCGACCUUCGAGCUUCUGAAAAUCCCAAGGCAGACAAUACGACCUACAUCCUACAAGACGCCCUGAAGUGCUGUUGGCCACAUCCCUUGCCUCUCGGAGGUCCUGUGAGGAUUUGGGGGGAUCCCCUUUCGCAUUCUGUAGACUCCAGGAAUUCCUUCAAGCAACUGCGCAGUGGGGAACGUCUGAAAAUCCUGGAGCCAGUCUUUCUCCCUCUUCUUCCCUCACACCAUCUAUUUAAGCUAAAUGAGGGGUUUGCGUUGACUUCCGCCUGUUUUUGACUUGACUCGUUUUUUUUGACCCCUGAACAUGCGAACAUUUACAUGAAAUAAAAUGCAUGAAGGAAUCCUGCAACGAAAUCAAUGAAGUUCAUUUCCAGUGAAGCACCGAUACCUCAUCUGGAAUUUUUUGCUGCUCUCCCUACCUAGGAAUUCCCAGAACUAAACAAAGAAGUUACCCACGUGAGAUCAGCAUUCUUUCUCUGUCGCCUCACCAAUCGCAUUAUAUUUUUCAGAACUCCGUUUCCAAUGUCAGCUGAGUGCCAGUAUACAGACGUGGCCUCCAGCGAAGAACAAUGGAAAGCCUGAAUUUGCUUGUCUCUUCGACCAGUUCAAAGAAUCUCGACAGUUUAGAGACGUUCUCCAGCUACAGCGAGAGUCUCCCCUCGCCCCCAAGUAACCCCCCUCGCCCAGCACGUGCGACGAAAGCCAAGCCCAGCAUGACCUGCCGGCGUAAGCGGGAGUUCAUCUCUGAUGAGAAGAAGGACGCCUCCUACUGGGAAAAGCGCCGCAAGAACAACGAGGCGGCCAAGCGCUCGCGGGAGAAGCGGCGGCUCAACGACAUGGUGCUGGAGAACCGCGUCAUGGCGCUCAACGAGGAGAACGUGCGACUGAAGACGGAGCUCCUGCAGCUUAAACUGCGCUUUGGGCUGAUCAGCUCUGCCUCCUACAUGGAGAAAAGCCAGCAGAUAGGCGCUUGCGGUGGCGGAGGAGGCGUGGGGGGCGCCUCCACUGGCAAUCUCUAUUUCUCCAGCAGUAGCUACUCCAGCUCCUCUCAGGUGUUGGUGAACUCGGACUCCUCGGAGGCUGAGCAGUCAGGCCGGGGUGACCGGCACACCCUGUUGCCCAAGUACUCCCCACGUGGCUCUCUGUCCGACAUGUCAGACGGCUCCUCCCGGGACAGCCCGGAGCCCAUACCCUAUGCAAUCAAGCAGGAGAGCUUGGGCGUGGACAUCAGUGGCCCAGAGAUGGAUAGUGGGGGCAGCAGCGGCAUGUUCAGCGUCCGUCACAGCCUGGGAUCCUCAGAACACCAGCAGAGUCAGCAGGAGAUGGAGCCCUCGACAGACUGCCGGCAUGGACAAGAGGCCGUCGCUGGCACUGCCCACCCCUCCAUAGCUACGCCACAGAGGAGCGUCAUCCUCUACCGCUCCAGCAGUAACACCUUCCCCGUCGAUGACCGGCGGUUGCCGGCCCUGGAGCAGCAAUCUGUGCCCCAGCCGCACCAAAGCGCUCCAAACCCCCAUCAAGCCCACGCCAGCAAGACGGAGACCUCCGAGACUGUGAUGGAGGUGGCAGACCGGUUAGAGAUGAAGGCUCUGGACUCGCCACCUUAUUCGUAUGCCGCUACACACAGUGACGCAGGAGAGGGACCAGGGCACAGAGCUCAGCACCAGCAGGGCCUCUAUGGCUAUCCAGAUGAACAGCCGAACAACAGUCCAGACUCCUGUGCCCCCGAGCUCUCAAACAGUGUAGAGGAGGGUAAGUCCCAGUCGUACCAGCACCAACACGCCUACCUCAGCCCCAUGGACGAGGAGCCCCCAGUGCUCACCUACGAAGGUGGCCUUGGGUCUGGUGGGUACUACAAAGAGCAUUUAUCCUCCGGCAAGGACACCUCGUCUAGCGACGGAGAGCCCCGCAGUUCAGACAAAGAGAUAUUGACUGACGACGAGUCCCCGGCGUCGUCCUCCUCUGAUGCGGGAGGCUACUACCAGCAUCCAAUUGUGGCACCACAGUCUGUGUCCCCAUCACUUACCCCCGUCUCCCAGAGACAAAGUGGGGACAGCCAACCAGAGCUCAAAGCCACCGCCCUUCCUCACAAGCUGCGGCUCAAGUACCGGACGCUGGGCGGUGGCUCGGCAGGAACCCAGAGGGAAGCUUUGCCUCCCUCUGUGGUCUCACCCGUUGCCCUGCUUCAACACCCGUCUUCGGCCAUCGGUCCGAGCGACCAGAAGGCGAGUGACGGCAAGGAGAGAGCAGGUCCAGUGUUAUCGGGGAGCUGCAAGAAAGAGCCUGCUUCUCCAAAGCGACAGGAGGGAGGAGAGGGGAGGAAGGAGGGCAGCAGAAAGGAACCAAGUAGUCGGAGUGGAAGAAAUAAGAGACAUGACUGAGUUUCCAUCCUUUGUGUUUCCAACCUCAACUAGACCUGCCCCCAUCCCUGGACCCAGGAAGACCUGAGUCCUUAAACAGACCUUCAGCUAUGGCUGGACACCAGGAUGCACUAUUGUGCUGCACUGACUUGUUAGUGGACAAGUCUCCCACAAUUCUGUCUGCUCUACUAAGCACUUACAGAUCGACCAACCAAGUUGUGUGAAGGAGAAGGUGGAAUGGAACUCUCUCCUUAAAAAAAAAAAAUCUGUCAAAAGUGAUUGUAGCACACAGAUAGUCCUUUAAAAAAGUGAGGCCGUAAUGAAUCCACAUUUUGUGAAGCCUAAAAGUGCCCCUGGUAUAUUUGUGUGUGUGGGAGGGGGUGUUUGUGUGUGGUUGUUGUUGCUCGGGCACCUCACCUCCUCAACUCUUGGUACCCUGGGGGCCAUCCCUUGACCAAAGACGCCGUCGUCUCGUGAAGAGCUCCAUCCAACGUCCUCUCCUUCAGUCCUCCAGCACUCUCCCUUUUGGUCUUGGCUUUCCAGCACCCUUUAACUCUUCAAGCACUUGGAUUGUAUAUUACUGUGACAUAAAUAUUCAUAUUAUAUUUAAAUCUAUUUUAAGAUGAAAACAAAAAAACUUAAAAAAAAUAAAUAAAUGUGGAACCAAGGAGGAGUAGGGAUGGUUUGUCAGUGUUGAAAUUGUUGUACAGUCUUACCAUAUCUUGUCAGUUGUAACAAAUGCUACUUAAAACAAAAUGUUUUUAUUUAUUUUCACAGCACUAUGAGCUUUAUUCUUUAUUUUUUAUGUGUUUUUUUUUUUUUUUAAACAAUCCCCAAGGGCGCCGCGCUGCUGUGCUCCUGAGCGGGCCGGUCGCUCCUGGGGCUUCUUUGGGGUCGGCGGACGCGUCUAGAUUAAUGAACCUGUGCCGCCAUGGUGGGGGGCAGAGGGGGGUGCUAACACGGCGAGGCGGAAGUGCUUCCGGGCGGGUAUCAGGGCUGAACCAAGAACCUUGUUGUUUGGCAACAAAUCAUGCCUCUUUAAAGGUAAACGUGUUUUGACCUUUAGCCAAAAAAUGAGUUGGAAAUUAAGUAGAUACUGCAUGAUCUAGAGUAGAUCAAUAAAUCAAGAGUAUAUGAGAUUUGCUGUCGCAUAAGCGGUCUUGUACGGCACUGGUUACAGUUCGACCUCAGACCACACAAACUGUGCUCGAAACAUAUUAGCGGCGUUUGUGAUACGAAACGAAAUUAAACCUAUUGUUCUCUGUCUGUGAUCAGGUUCAGCCGAAAACUUAAUUCUACCUCAGUGCAAAGGCGCGGUGAUGUCUGAGCAGAUAUCUGCCAGGAUCGCAAGCCGCCCUCCUACCGCCAUGCCGCGGUUUACCAAUGCCGUUUUUAAUUAAUGGAGGAAGAAUACAACCAAGACAUAACUGAAAUAGUUCACUGUAAUUUAAGUUGCAAGCAAUUCAGCUCGUCACCUGGAAAGUCAUUGGUUUGACACCCCAACCCCCACACAGUUGCCUCCUUGCCUUGUAAUUUGUCUCACUGGGACUGGAGUCCAGAGUCUGCACUGAAUCCGUUUCGCUGCCCAGGAGCCUGUCGUUGGCCAUUGUGUAUACAUGUAUAGUUUUCUCUUUUGGACAGUGUUGUAAGUUUUAUUAUUUUGUAAUAUUGUUUUGGGUUUAUUUUCCCUUCGCUUCUCCCUCCAUUACUUUGUCUCCCUAAUGUGACAUGUUUUUGAUCCCUAUAAACAUGCUGCAGUGAUUUUUAUUUUUCGUUUUCAGUUUUCUGAAAAUAAGUUGUGUGUGAUAUGAUGGAGCGGGUUGGGGGGGGUGUCACCUUUCCAUCCCCCCCCCCCCCCCCCAAAACAGACUGCGUGUGCAAGUAGAAACACUAAUGUUAAAAGUGAAGAUGGGUGGAAUUCAAACUCUAAAGUAAAUAAAAAGUUGUUAGGCAGCA